CUCACACGCACUGACGCACUCUCUCUCUCAUAACACACACAGUCACACUCAAUACUCUCUCUCUUUGUUUUUCCCUUUUAACAUGACCACAUUGCAAAACAAUUCCUCCACCACAUACCAUUUCCGGUUAUGAAUCCCACAGCACUAUCAUCACACCAACCACCACCGCCACCACCGCCAUUGCAGCAGCAGCAACAACAACCACAACCUCUUCGCACCUGCCCUCGUCACCCUCAAGAAAAAUUCACGGGCUUCUGCCCUGAAUGCCUCUGUGAACGCCUCGCCGAACUCAACCCAAACAACACCAACUCCAACACUCCUCUCCCCCGCAAGCCACCUACUUCCUCCACCGCUGCCGCCGCACUUAGAGCAAUCUUCCGUCCUUCCUCCACUUCCUCCGCAAAAGACAACACCAGCAGCAGCAGGCCGCCUACCUCUUCUUUCUUGCCGGAGCUCCGUCGAACGAAAUCGUUUUCGGCUUCCAAGAACGAAGCCUUAUCCGGCGCGUUCGAGCCGCAGAGAAGAUCCUGCGACGUUAGGGCUCGAAAUAGCACACUCUGGAAUCUCUUCACGCAAGAGGCGGAGAAGAAAUCACAGCAGAACAAGGAAGCUUCAGAAGCUGAAGCAACAAAUCAGGUAUCAGUAGUUGAAACAAAGGAAGAAGAAGAAGAAGAAGGAGAAGAAGAAGAGGAGGUAAAAGAAGUUGAACUAGUAGUUGAAGAAGAAGAAAAUCUCGACCGAAACGACGUGGUUGAGGAAGAAGAGGACGAAAUUAGGGCUCUUGAGGAACCCAAUGUGAAUGUGAUUGAAGAAGGAGUUGGGGAAAUUGUUGUUGAAGAAGAAGAGCAAGAGUUGAAGGCAAUGAAGGACCACAUAGAUCUCGAUUCUUCCAAUUCACAGCCAAAGAAGGAUUCCAAGAUCGCCGGUAGUCUCUGGUCAGCGGCUUCGGUGUUCAGCAAGAAGCUGCAGAAAUGGAGACAGAAGCAGAAGAUGAAGAAGCGUAGAAACGGCGUCGUUGACGGCGGUUCCGGCGACUGCGGACCCGCCGCACUUCCGGUGGAGAAGCCAAUCGGACGGCAGUUCCGGGACACACAAUCGGAGAUCGCUGACUACGGCUUCGGCCGACGGUCCUGCGAUACCGAUCCAAGAUUCUCCCUGGAUGCGGGCCGGAUGUCGUUAGACGCCGGCCGGAUGUCAUUCGACGAUCCAAGGUACUCGUUCGACGAGCCGCGGGCUUCGUGGGACGGGUACCUUCUCGGAAGAACGGCCUUUCCGAGGGCAAUGCCGACCAUGCUGUCGGUGGUGGAAGAUUCACCGGCGGCCGUAAUUCCACCGGUGCAUCCUCUGAGGACUGAUACUCAAAUUCCUGUUGAGGAACCGUUGAAUUCGGUUAAUGGGGAUGAUACUGUUCCUGGUGGAACUGCACAGACCAGAGAGUAUUACUCUGAUUCAUCCUCUAGGAGGAGGAAGAGCUUUGAGAGGUCCAAUUCGAUGAGAAGAUCAUCGGUUUCUUCGCUUGUUGGGGAAAUGGAUGAGCUGAAAUGUGGCAGCAUUGCCAAUAAUUCUAAUCCUAAUGUCAAUGGAAAUGCUAAGGUCACCCCUGCUGGUGUUGAUUAUGUCAAUGGCCCCAAAUUGGCCUUCCUUGAUAGGGAUUUGAGCUCGAAUUCGGCAAGGGAUGAUUGCUGUUCUGAGAGCUUUGAUAUUGGAUUUGCGGAUACUGCUUCUGUUGUAGGGAACGGCGACCGGAAGGAGCAGAAAAAGUCGCGCCGGUGGGGUAAAGGGUGGAGCAUUUGGGGUCUUAUUCACCGGAAAGGUGGUAAUGGUGGUGGGAACAAGGAUGAUGAUGAUGAUAGGUAUAGUAGGGCUAAUGGGGUUGAGCGAUCGUACUCAGAAUCAUGGCAGGACCUAAGAGGGGUUCAGAAUGGAGAUCCAAGAAGUGCCUUCAGUGGCAGGAUAUUUAGGAGCAAUAGCAGUGUGAGUUGGAGGAAUGCACAAAGCAUAGGUGGUGGAUCGUUUGGCUCUGUGAGAAGGAAUGGUGUUGUUCAAGGUAAUGGUAAUGGAAAGAAGGGUAAAGAUGAAUUUGUGUUGGAAAGGAAUAGAAGUGCAAGGUAUUCUCCUAACCAUGCUGACAACAAUGGCCUUUUGAGGUUCUACUUGACCCCCAUGAGAGGUAGCAGAAGAAAUGGGUCUGUGAAAAGUAGAUCAAGCCAGGCACAUUCAAUUGCUAGAAGCGUUCUUCGAUUGUAUUGAACAUUUGAAGUUCCAUAAGUUAAAGAGAGACAUGCUGUGCUUGAAACUUCACAAAUUGUUUGGAACAUUUGAAACCAUUAUGAGAAGUUGCAUUGCAGCAUCUUCUUCCCUGUGAUUGUUGUUGUGUGAGUGUGAUUCAAGUUACCAAGAAAACAAUGGACAAAGUUUUGUGGACACGAGGGAGGGGUGGUAACAGAGGUCACAGAGGAGGAACAAGACAACACAGUAAAAGAAGACAUUGGGGCAUAGGAAUAAGAGUGCACAAGGUUGGCCCCCCCAUGCUUGUUAAAGAAGAACAAAAUUUGCAGAUUCUGCGUGUGGUGUGGGGUGAGGAGCUAUACUGAUUUACUUGAAACUAGAGGAAUAUUAUUGCCACUGGAAUUGUGUAAGGUCAACGUCAUCUGAAGCAAGCUUGAUAUGUUUUUCCCUAGAUAUAGAGAUUUUAUUUGGUAUAGAAAAAAUAUAUCAGGUACUUGUCUCCUUAGUUUCUUUUAUUCCUAAAAUAUUGUUAUUAAGCUCAAAUUCUCUCUCUCUUUCUGUAAUUAUUCACUGAGCUGCUUCUGCUGCAGUAUUUUCUCUAUUUGUCUUGUCUUCAUAACAAUUAACAAGGAAUUUGAGUUCA